UGGUGUGUUUGGUAAAUUUGGGAAGAAGACCGGGGCAGGUCUUGGGUCUUCUCACUUCUGUUCCACGUCCCUUGCCUGCAAAGUUGAGAGCGAGAGAGAAUCCAGACAGAGAAAGCUGUAGAGAGAGAAUCCAUACAGAGAGAGAGAGAGAGAGAGAGAGGAACAAAGCAAAGGAUAAAGAAAGCAACAAAUUACAAGAAAUAGGAGCGCACCCUUUCUUCCUUCCUUUCUUUCGGCUCUGUACUUCCUCUCUACUGCUCUUUGUCUCGCUCCUCUGCUUCAAAUCUCGUUCCAGACCUCACUUUCAAUUGAUUGAUUCUGCUGCUGCUGAUUCCCUAAGCACUUGGGGCCUCGUCUGCUUCUGGGUUUCUUCGAUUUGGCUCCUUCUCUCUGCUUUUCGCAUGGGUUUUCAUUAUUGAGGCAGCUACUGGCAGGAAAGAAGAGAAGAUAAGAGAGGAGAGAAAAAUUAAUUGAAGAUGUCCUUGAAGAGCAGAGGAGAGCAGCCCCCAAGGAGCGCCGUAUCUCGGAAAUGGACUCUCUUGCUUUGUUUAGGCUGCUUCUGUGCUGGAAUGCUCUUCACGAACAGGAUGUGGAUAGUGCCCGAGUCUAAAGGCCUCACAAGGACUACUGCUGCUGAAGCUGAAAAAUUAAAGUUAGUUUCUGAGGGUUGUGGUAAAAGAAUAUUGAACCAAAAUGAUGUAAAGCGUGAAUCUAAGGACAUUUUCAGGGAAGUUUUUAAGACCCAUCAUGCUAUUCAGACUUUGGAUAAGACUAUUUCAAAUUUAGAGAUGGAGUUAGCUGCUGCAAGGGCUGCACAUGAGUCUAUACUUAGUGGUUCUCCUAUUUCAGAAGAUCUGAAUUCAGAGUUACCUAGAAAAAGGAAGUAUUUAAUGGUUAUAGGAAUUAAUACUGCUUUUAGCAGCCGGAAAAGAAGAGAUUCAGUUCGUGCUACAUGGAUGCCUCAAGGUGAGAAGAGAAAAAAGAUGGAAGAAAAGGGCAUUAUUGUCCGCUUUGUCAUUGGUCAUAGUGCUACAUCAGGGGGUAUACUGGACAAAGCUAUUGAAGCAGAAGACAGAAAACAUGGAGAUUUCUUGAGACUGGAACAUGUUGAGGGUUACCUUGAAUUGUCUGCCAAGACAAAGAUAUAUUUUGCUACUGCUGCUGCUUUGUGGGAUGCUGACUUCUAUGUGAAAGUUGAUGAUGAUGUCCAUGUAAAUAUAGCAACGCUAGGAGAAACUUUAGUUAGACACCGAUCAAAACCACGGGUAUAUAUUGGCUGCAUGAAAUCUGGUCCAGUCCUUGCUCAAAAAGGAGUGAGAUAUCAUGAACCAGAAUAUUGGAAAUUUGGUGAGGCAGGAAACAAGUAUUUCCGUCAUGCGACAGGGCAAUUAUACGCCAUCUCAAGAGAUUUGGCUACUUACAUAUCUAUAAACCAACACGUGCUCCACAAGUUUGCUAAUGAGGAUGUUUCAUUGGGAUCUUGGUUCAUUGGGCUUGAUGUGGAGCAUAUUGAUGAUCGGAGACUGUGUUGUGGCACCCCACCUGAUUGUGAGUGGAAGGCCCAGGCAGGCAACAUCUGUGUUGCUUCUUUUGAUUGGAGCUGCAGUGGGAUUUGCAAGUCUGCGGACAGGAUUAAAGAGGUCCAUCGGCGGUGUGGAGAAGGUGAGAAUGCUUUGUGGAGUGCUGUGUUCUGAGAUGCAGCCCGUUCUUCCAAACUCAGGAAGGAUGAUUGAGCUUGAGCAAAGAAGCUGCUGGGUUGCCUUGUUUUCCUGGUUUUGUAAGUGGGUAUAGAGAGUAUAUGUAUUAUCAUACAGUGCAGAGAGAUGGGCAGAGGUGGAAAGGGGGAGAAAGCCAAUCAGAGAGCGAGAGAGAGAGAGAGAGAGAGAGAGAGGCCUUGCUAUUCGGACUUUUUCCUGUUUUAGUAGGGAAGUUGAUCCGCAAUGGCAGCCAGAGGAGGAGUUUGUAGCUGUAAACAUUCAUUCUUUAAUGCUUGGAGGGCCAAUUUGUAAGUUCUAUUUCCACGGCCAUUAGCUUCUAAUAAUUACAAAUCAUUGUAGUAACCUUUUGCUGUUCAUAAAUUUGUGGUUUAUAUAUAUUGGUUUGCAA